CAUAGUCUUUAUACGAAACCCCACGAAGUGUGCUUGACCUAAAAACCCUAAACCCAGCAUCGUCUCCUCUCCAGUCCUCUCCCCAAAACCCCCCCAAUGGAGUCUCCGCCACCCUCCGCCGCCAAGGUCGGCCGUGCCACCAUAGAGAAGGCAGUGAGCGCCCUCCUCAAAUGGAAAGAAUCCCAGUCCAAAAUCCAGAAAGCCCAACUGCUCCCACAAGACGACUUCAUCUACCUCAACCUCACUCUCAAGAAAAUCCCACCAAAGCCUCGUACCAACGCUUUCAGAAUCCCUUUCCCUAAUCCUAUUCACGAUCCUUCCUCCUCCGAGCUCUGCCUCAUCAUCGACGACAGACCCAAUUCCAAACUCACUUCGGACGCCGCCAAAAAGAUCAUCAAAUCCCAAAACAUACCCAUCAGUAAAGUCAUUAAGCUCUCGAAGCUUAAAACUAACUACAAACCCUUUGAAGCAAAAAGAAAGCUUUGUGAUUCUUACGACCUUUUCUUGGUCGAUAGGAGGAUUGUUCAUUUGCUUCCUAAGCUUUUAGGGAAGCAAUUUUUCAAGAAAAAGAAGCUGCCUUUGCCAUUGGAUUUGAUUCACAAAAAUUGGAAGGAGCAAGUGGAGAGGGCUUGUGGGUCCGGGUUGUUUUACUUGAGGACUGGGACUUGUUGUGUGAUGAAGGUUGGUAAGGUUUCAAUGGAGAGUGAGCAGAUUGUGGAGAAUGUGAUGGAAGCAAUAGAGGGUGUUGUUCAGGUGGUUCCCAAGAAAUGGGGCGGUGUGAGGAGCUUGCACUUGAGGCUUUCUGAUUCUCUUGCAUUGCCUUUGUAUCAAGCUUUGCCUGAUAUCAAGCUCAAGAUUGAGGGGUUUAAGCAGAAACAAGCCGAAGAAGAAGUGAGUGGUGGUUUGGUUGAGGUUAAGGAGAGUGAAAAGAAAGCUGAUGAGGGGUCAGGGAAUAAGAAGGGGAAGAAGAAUAAAGGGAGGAUUCAUGAAGUUAGGUAUAUGGACUUUGACACUGGUGUAGAUGAAUUAGAGAGUGAUGAUGAUGUUGGUAUUAUCACAGAAAAUGCUGGCAAUGAUGCAGAAGAGGACAACAAUGAUGAAGAUAUCCAGGAGAGCGAGGAUGAUGGAGUUGAGAAAGCAAAGAAGAGGAAAACUGAGAAGAAAGCGAAAAAGUUGAAAAAUUCUGAGAAGCAUGGUGAUGCUCUGAGUGAGUUGAAUGGUGAGAAGAAGGCCAAGAAGUUGAAAAGUGCUGAGAAACAGAAGAAGAGUAAGUUGUCUUUGAAAGAUGGAAAGAAGAAUAAGAAGACUAGUGAGGUUGACAAAAAACUGAAAGAUGGGUCGGCAAAGAGUAAGAGAAACAAGAUUAGAGCAUAAGAAUAAUCGAUUAGGAGUUUUUCUGAUACCACACUCCUACUAUCCUGGAGUAUUCAGCGGGGCAUCACCUAAGCUUCAGCUGAUUCUUUCUAUCCUGAAGUCUUCGGCAGGCAUUGCCCUCAGACUCUUUCGCAAGUCUCCUGUUUUACUUUUCGUAUUUAUUUUGUUAUCAAUUUUGAUUUUGAAGGAAUCCGUAGUUCAAAUACUGACCUGCUGUGAGUAGCUGGCUCUUCUAUGUUAAUCAAAGAUAUGUUAUUUUAUUUAAAGCUCUCACUUCUAGUCUUCAAUGAUGUUUAGAGAUUCUGGGGUAUACUUUUCUGUGUUCUAAUUGUCUUUCUUGAUGCAA